AUGGCAAAAGGAUCCGCCCAUUCUACAACUGCCGCGAUCCAAUCCACGCGAGCGUACAGCAGAGUGUCCUCAGGCGCCACUUCGCAGUCGCCUUUCCUCGACUUUCUUGCGCCUUCGUCUCCACGCAGGGUGCUCAGAAAUAUUCCAGCACAGAUCUCCAUAUUCCCAAAACGACAACACAUACCACGACGGACUCUUGCCACAUCAUCCGACGCCUCCACCGCAAAGCCCGCGCAACCAAUCCAGAACCCUCGUACCGAUGACUCCGGUAACCCAAUGUUGAUCUCUAUAGCACCUCGUGCAUCGAAUCGCCUCCAGAAGAUCUCUACAGGCGACAACAACCCAAACCUCGCAUUGCGCGUGAGCAUCGAGAGCGGCGGAUGUCACGGUUUCCAGUAUCUUAUGGACCUGACGGACUUAUCGAAAGACCCAGCGGCCGAGGAAGACACUAUAUUUGAGGGGGAAAGGGGCGAGAAGAUCGUAAUUGACGAGUCUAGCCUAGAGUUGCUGAAUGGAAGCACGGUGGAUUAUACGAUGGAGUUGAUAGGUAGCCAGUUCAAGAUUACGGGCAUACCGGGGGCGACGAGCAGUUGUGGGUGCGGGACAAGUUUUGACAUCAAGUUGUAA